AUGAUAGUGGACCUUCCUAAGGACGGAAGCAACGACUCAAUCCUGGUAAUUGUUGACAGCUUCACAAAGUACGGGAUAUUUGUAAAAUGCUCCAAGAAACUCAAGGCACCCGAGUUAGCGGAACUAUUCCUAGAGAAUGUAUGGAAGCGCCAUGGCAUGCCAGAAAAGACCAUAUCUGACAGAGGAAGAGUUUUCAACAACAAAUUCUUACGGGCUCUGUACAAACGCCUUGGCAUUGAUCCACACUUCUCCUCCGCCUAUCAUCCCCAGAGCAACGGACAGACGGAAUGCGUCAACCCUUCCAUUGAACACUUCCUCAGGGCUUACUCAGGGGUGAACCAAAAAGACUGGACCAGAUGGCUUCCAAUGGCAGAGUUUGCGUACAACAAUGCCGUACAUAGCAGCACAGGCAAGACCCCUUUCAAGGCCUUGUAUGGAUGGGAACCCACCUUAACCCUGUCAAACAUACCAACAGACGUCCCAGAAGCAGACAACCUUGCCAAGACAAUGGAGGCUCAGUGGAAGGAAGUAGAAUUGGCACUCCGGCAAUCUAAACAACAAAUGAUAGCCAGGGAAAGUGGAAGCCCAACGGGGUUUGAGAUUGGAGAAGAGGCUUGGCUAGACGCCAAGAAUGUCAACCUCAAAACCUUAAGUCCCAAAUUAACAGAGCAACGCCUGGGGCCAUUCAAGGUUAUUGAGAAAAUCUCCAACCCAGCUUACCGCCUGGAACUUCCCCCAACAAUGCGGAUCCACAACGUGUUCUAUGUAGGACUGCUAUCUAAAGUCAAAAGGGAUAAGAAGCGCGCUUUUGAAAAUCGCCCUCCACCAGUCACUGUGGACAGAGAAGAAGAGUACAAGGUGGAAGGGAUCACUGAUGCUGAAGAAAGAAAUGGGAAGUGGUUUUUCCAAGUCAAAUGGAAGGGGUACGGAUCCAAGGAAAACACAUGGGAACCCCAAGAAAACUUAAAAAAUGCCAAAAUUUUUUUACAAAAAUACGAAAAAGACAUGAAAAAGAAGGCCCUCGGCGCUGCCAAGGCCCUUAGAGGGGGGGCAGUGUUGUAG